GCUUAAAAGGGCCCCCUUGAACCUAUCUUACUCUGUCCCUGCCCCUGCUUAUAAGGCCCCUGAACCUACUUACUCUGCCCCUGCCCCUGCUUAUAAGGCCCCUGAACCUACUUACUCUGCCCCUGCCCCUGCUUACAAAGCAGCAGCAGUGACCUAUUCUGAGGCUGGGAUGCCCUUCAACUUUGCGUAUGACGUGAGGGACGAAUACACUGGCAAUGACUACGCCCACAAGGCGGACUCCGACGGCGCCGUCGUGAACGGCGAGUACCGCGUCCUCCUUCCCGACGGCCGGACGCAGAUUGUUACCUACACAGCUGACCACGUGGCUGGGUAUCUGGCUGAAGUAGCCUACGAGGGCGAGGCUCGCUAUCCCGAAACCAGGCCGUACCAGCCUUACAGUGCUCCUGCCCUUGCGUACACGGCACCUGUUCCUGAUUAUGAGGCCCCUGCCUCUGCAUAUGAGGCCCCUGCCCCAGCGUACAAGGCGCCUGCCCCGGCAUAUGAGGCCCCUGCCCCUGCGUACAAGGCACCUGCCCCUGCAUAUGAGGCACCUGCCCCUGCGUACAAGGCACCUGCACCUGCAUACGAGGCCCCUUUGCUUUCAUACGAAACACCUGGACCUAGCUAUGGAUUGCCCGAACAUCUUUGAACAUAUAAAUCUUAGUUUUUGCUGUCUGCCAAAAGACAUUAUUUAUUUAUUUAUUUAGCACAUGUAGUAUUGCAAUAUGUAAUAAAGGUGAAAUAUUUUUUCA